AUGGAUGAUCCUAUUCGUGUUCUGCUCGGAUUGGAAGCGCGCAUCAUGCAAGGAACCAUCGACCAUUUAACUGAAGUCAGCGCAAUAAAAACAACUAUCAUCGAUCUCCAUAAAACUCUUGUAGGACAUCAUAAAGAACUCCAUGAGAGUAAUAAAAGGAUCAUCAACAUUCAAAAAGAGCAUAUCGAUAUGCUCACAGCAUCCUUGAACUACAGGACCAGCGUUUUGGAGAGACUUCUCGCAGAGCACCCCUACAUUUUGCAAGCCUCAGCUGCUUCGUCGUCCGCAGCUCCGCAAGCAGCUACCGUUGUGAUUCCGGAGCAAACUGGUGGUGGACACAAUUAUCGACUCCGCCCACGCAAGAAUAAGGCAGCGAAGGAAGAAUGCGAAAAAGCUGCUAAGAAAUCAAGAUUCACUUGA